AUGGUGUCGGCCAACUCAGCUCUGCGAGGCAGUCUAGACGGAGACCGGCAGAGCUCUGCCGAGCAGCUCGCCAGCUGUCACCGGAAGAUAUCAGAGUUGGAUCAGACAAUCUCCCAGCUUCAGUCGACCCUCGAGGAGAGGGAGAGAGAGGCGAACGAACUGAGUCUAUCUCGCCGCCAACUCGAGGAAAGCCUCGGACAGGUGAGGGAGAAUUUGCAGCAAUCGGAGGCUACGGGACUCAACGAGGCAGAGAGACUUGCUAGCCAACUCACCAGCCUCAAGGAAGAGACUCGAGAAAAGGUCCGUGUACUGGAGGAGAGACUGCAAGUGACCGUAUCGGAGAGAGACGCCGAGAAAUUGAGGGCAGCAGAAACGAGAAAGGAACUCGAUGCUCUCGCGAACGUGUUGGCGGAGGUGAAGAGCGAGAGGGGGAAGCUGGCCGACGAGUUUGAGAAGGUCCAGUCGCAGUUAAACAAGAGAAACGGUGCCCUUGAGUUUGCCGAAAACGAGAUGAAGAGCAAGACUAAUGUCAUUCAGAACCUUUCACAGCUUAUCGAGGAUAAGAAGUCCGCCAUUGCCGAACUCAACGCAGAGGUGUCACGAGCCAAGAGCGACCGAGCGGCGAGACUGACAGACUUGCUCCAGAAGAACGAACAAGUCCUGAAACGUAACUCUGAACUCGAGGGCGAUCUUUGCAAGAAGGGUGCCGCACUGCAGGGACAGGAAGCUGCUGUGAAAGAGUUAAUGGAGAGAUGGAAAAACUGCAAAGAGCUUCUCGGUGGCCGAGGAACGCGCACAGUCGGCUCGCAGCGAGUUUGA